AAUUUCCGCUUUGGUGGCGUAGAAUUUAUUGCUCUUAGUAGUGCGUUAGCAGAUGAUAUUUGCAUUUGUGAACUUACCCGCAGUCAUUCAGCGCAAAGCGUGGAUAAAGAAGAUUAUAUCCUAGAUGAAUCGGUGGGAAAGAAGCAAUCGAAGAAGAGUGUGUAUAAAUCAUAUUGUCUGCCAUACCAACCAUCAACACUGGAGGAAGCUUACCAACAAGCUCGGGUCGCAGGCAAAUGUUUGCAGCCCGAUGCUGACUUGCAAUCGCGUAUAGCCCGUUGUACAACUGGCCUGACCUUCUUCGACACUGAAACGUUCUCGGAAUGUAUUGGUGAGGAAGAUUGUGGCACUUUUGCUUUGUUACUCACAUCAAAUUCGAUUGGUGAUGUGUAUGCACGUCGGUUGAUCGCGAAUGAUACGCUAGAGCCAGAUACUCGUUCGAAGGCUGAAAAUGAGGGUGAACAUACGAUGCAUGCGUAUGCGAAUCGUGUUUGCCAACUCACGCAGCCAAAAUUAAAUUGUACAGAAGUGGUCAAUUUAAAAGGUAUGCGCAAAGUUUUCCGCUGUAAUGCGCUUAGCGCCCCACUCAAUUCUGAAGAAGAUAAAAGAGCUGAAAAAGAGGAAAUACCACCUAAAAGGCGUGGCUUUGGACGUUGGCAAAAAUCAAUACAAACAUUACAUUCCUAUAAAGACGCUUUAGUACAAGAUUUACUUUCAAUAUGGGAUAUUGAAUUCGAGGAUGAUAAAAAUGAUAUGUCAUACUCUCGUAUGAAGAAAGGGCUGGGUGCAAAAGCUGAUCCUGAAAGCAUUGUGUGCUCAUGGUUGGAUACAAAUAUCAAAGCAGAGGAAAAGUCCCAGGAAACGCAAUCUGAGCAACUCCCUAAAUCUGCUACUUCAGCUAUCAAUCAGCACUUCGUUUCGUUGAAUUCCACUGUUGUGUCAAUGGUUCAUGCUCCAUGUGCCGAUGUUACUGAGUCUAUUAAAAUGGAAACUUCUUUUCAUUUGGAAGCCGAUUUUGUUGGCCGAAACAACUCAUUUUUGGACGAAUUUAUGCCGGCAGAACAUUCAACGCAACUAACUAAUAGUGUAUUUAAUAUGCCUGGUUCACCGACUGAACAGGAGGAAUUCAUAUCACUGAAACCCAAACCAAAACCAGUGAAAAAGAAGUCCAAAUAUGUAAAAGGCUUUUAAUGAAUGGCUUUUUGGUGAAAAUACUCGCAUUAAAUACAUACACAUUUAUUUGUAUAGAAUACGUACAUACGCACAUAAACAAUUUUACCAGGUUUGACUACUUUUCUU